AUGUUUUUUUUACCUCUUUUAAAGGAUAUUCCACUUUACCAUUCUUCAUAUGUAUUUAAGACAAUUUAUGCCUUAUCAACACCAUUAGGUAAAUCAGCUGUUGCUUUGAUAAGAAUAUCUGGACCUGAAUCAUUCCGUGUGGUUCAGGCACUUUGCCCCUCUAGAAAACUUCCAAAAUUGAGAUAUAUGAGUCUUCGAGAAAUUAGACAUCCGAAGACAAAUGAGCUUCUGGACAAAGCAUGUGUUCUUUUAUUUAAAGGACCUUUCUCUUUUACAGGGGAGGAUAUGGCUGAAUUGCAUGUUCAUGGAGGACCAGCUGUUAUUCGUGCUGUUUUAGAUGCUAUUUCUUCUAGUGAUUGUAAUGUUCAAUAUGCUGAGGCUGGUGAUUUUUCUAGAAGGUCUUAUGAGAAUGGGAAGUUGGAUCUUACACAGGCAGAAGGAUUAUAUGAUAUAAUUAAUGCGGAAACAGAGGAACAAAGAAAGUUGGCUGUUCGACAAGUUGAAGGAUUUUUGAAAUCUCUUUACGAUGGAUGGAGAGAUGAAUUGAUUGAUUAUAGAUCACAUUUAGAAGCCAUCAUAGAUUUUGGUGAAGAUGAUGAUAUUAAUGAUAAUAUAUAUUUUCAAAUAUAUAAAAAAGUUGAAAAAUUUGUAAUUAGAGUUCAGGAUCAUUUGAAAGAAUCUGUUCGCUGUGAAUUAUUAAGGCAUGGUAUAAAAGUAUCUAUUUUUGGAUUACCAAAUGUUGGGAAAUCAUCUCUCUUAAAUAUAAUUGCCAAGAGAUCUGUAAGUAUUGUAUCUUCAGAACCUGGAACGACUCGUGAUAUUAUUGAUGUUGUUGUUGAUAUAGGAGGAUUUCCUGUAAUAUUUAGUGACACUGCUGGUUUAAGGGAAGAAAAUAGUCUUGGUUUUGUUGAGAAGGAAGGGAUAAAAAGGGCUUAUGAAAAUAUUGAAAAGUCUUUUAUGCGUAUCUGUGUUUUAGAUAUUACUGAUAUUGAAGCUAAUGUAUCUUCGCUUCGAUACUUACUAAUUCAUCAAAAUACAUCUAAUCAACAAAUUAUUUUAGUUCUAAAUAAAAUUGAUUUACUGGACUCAGAAAAGUAUAUGGAUUUAAAAAAAAUUGAAUUUUUAACAGGAAUAUCUUCUAGUUUUAUUUUUCCUGUUUCCUGUAAUACUAAUGCGGGAAUUCGUGAUCUAAUCUUUUCUAUUAAUAAUCAAUUAAGAAAAUUGAUUUUAUUUGAAAAUAGUCAAGAAGUGGUUGGAGCGAAUGCUAGGCAUAGAGAGCAUCUUGAAAAAUGUUUAGGCCAUUUGCAGAUUUUUUUAAAUGGUAAUAUUAAGGAUAUUGUUAUUGGUGCGGAUAAUUUAAGAUAUGCAAGUGACGAGUUAGGUAAAAUUUGUGGAAGAAUUGAUAUAGAAGAAGUUCUUGGUGCUAUUUUUUCAAAAUUUUGUAUUGGAAAAUAA